ACGUGAGCUUACCUUGAAUUCGCACAGAUUCGUUAAAAUGCUGGCCGGUAAACUGGAACCCGACCCGGGUGCAGCGAAACCCCCUCAGCUCAACGUCUCGCUCAAGCCCCAAACAAUCGCUCCUAAGUUCCAGGGUACGGUCCGGAUGCUGUUGCUCAAGCAGAUCAAGAUGUCUUUCAUGCACCCGCAGUUCAACACCGAUGUCGUCAAGCCUAUGCAGCUCGACAAUAUCAUCGAUCAAGACGUGCAAACGCUCUCCGGUGGCGAGCUACAGAGGGUUGCCUUGGUCCUGGCCCUCGGCAAACCUGCGGACAUUUACUUGAUCGACGAGCCGAGCGCCUACCUCGAUUCCGAGCAGCGUAUCAUUGCGAGUAGGGUCAUCAAGAGGUUCAUCCUUCAUUCCAAGAAGACGGCAUUGAUCAUCGAGCACGACAUCAUCAUGGCUACCUAUCUUGCCGACCGAGUCAUCGUGUACGAGGGCCAGCCUUCGGUACACGCAACAGCCAAGAAGCCCGAGUCUUUGCGUGAGUUUAUCUUAUUCCUGCUGUUCCUAUCCAAUUGGCUGCUGACUAUUACUCUCUAGUGACGGGCAUGAACUCGUUCCUGGCCGUGCUCGAGGUUUCCAUGCGGAGAGAUCCCACAAACUUCCGGCCGCGAGUCAACAAGCUCAAUUCGAUCAAGGACAAGGAGCAGAAGUCGUCUGGCAACUACUUCUUCCUCGACGACGAGUCUUAGUCAAUCAUUGCGCUACUUCUUUCUUCAAAAGGCUUGAACGCCAAACACAACUCCUUGUACAUCCUAGACAAUUGACUCUCUGUCCCAAUCCAAUGGAUGG